AUGCUUGAUGGAGUAAUAAUAACGGACGACUUUUUCAAAGUAUUGUUCGCAAGAAAAUCACCAACAAUACUCUCAGCACUUUCUACAUCAUUUCAACAAAAACAAUUAUCGGAAUCGGAUGAUGUUGGACUAUUAGGAUCAUUUUCAAAACCUACUUCCUAUUCACCAAAGAAGAGAUCAUCAAUGAGUACAACAAUGAUGAUGGCACAAAAAUCGGGAGGUAGUUUUGUUGGAAGUGAAGCAGCACUUACCUCUUCAAUUGUGAAUAAUGAUUUUAAAAAUCAAAAUAUUGCUUGGGCCGAUACAAUUGUAGAUUAUGUAAGAAGAGUCAACAAGGGUUCAGUGCCCCAACCUGAUGGAUUUUUCAAAGUAUUUUCAUUCAUGAAUGAGAGAAUGAUUGUAUUCACAAGAAUUCAAUCAGUUUUAUUCUUCGUUGUAGGAGAUGAAGAUCAUGGAGAAUUAGCUCUUAGAGAAGCAUGUAAAGGUGUUAUGGAGGGGUGUAAAGCAGUUUGUAGAAAAACACCAGAAGAUGCAGAUACUGUCAUUCGUAAUUAUGGUAAAAUUUGUACAUUAGUAGAUGAUAUCUUACAAGAGGAUGGUCUAGGUAUUGGAGCUUUUAACAGUGAUGGAUCAACAGAAGUCAAGAGAAUUGAAGAAUUGACAGAUUAA